UUCCUUCGCGGUGCCACAUGACAGUGCUGCUCUGCUUAGGUCCAUUGCACGGCGCAUACGGAGGCUGUGGACUUAGAGAACUGGCUCAUUCAGUGCACAGAGUAGCUUAACACUGCGACGAGAUGAUGCUCUUUUUCGUCUUCAGCCUGUGUCUGUCUGUCGGAAAUGGCAUUCUACCAGAUAUGCCAACAACCGUGGAUUCGGACGUGAACUGCACACUCCAGGCAAAUGUAUCCCAAGGUCACGCAACCUUAAAUGAUGUGUUUAAGGAGGUGGAGGAACUGAUGGAAGAUACGCAGCACAAAUUGGAAGACGCGGUGCACCAGAUAGACAAUGAGAGUGCCAAGUCCAGCUCAUACCCACAGGAUUACCAUCAUGAAAAUAUCUCAGAGAGUGUGCCCGCAAAUCAGUCCCAUCACCUUCUUCAGCAGGCUGAGAAGGUGUCUGAUAACACUACGGCCCAGACUCGUGCAGUCCAGACCAUCAAAGAAUAUUAUGUUAAUCAUGAGUGCAUCAUCGAUGAGGACUGUGAGAAGGGCACCUACUGCCUCUACGAGCCUCACCACUCCCAGUGCCUGCCCUGCAAGGAAGUGGACAGGUCGUGUAGUAAGGACGAGGAGUGCUGCUCGGGGAACAUGUGCAUCUGGGGCCAGUGCUCUGUAAACGCCACCAAAGGAGAGAGGGGGAGCAUCUGCCAACACCAGAGCGACUGCAACCCUGACCUGUGCUGUGCUUUCCAUAAAGCCCUGCUCUUCCCUGUGUGCAACUCCAAGCCAAUCGAGCGUGAGCGCUGUUACAGCUCCACCAAUCACCUGAUGGAGCUCCUGUCCUGGGACAUGGAAGGGGAGGGUCCAAGGGAGCACUGUCCCUGUGCUGGGGAGCUUCAGUGCCAACACAUGGGGCGGGGCUCCAUGUGCCUACAGCCUCAGAACUCCAGUGAGGAGGAGCUGACCGACACCCUCUACUCGGAGAUCGACUACAUCAUCUGAAAGUCCACAGCUCAACAUGGAGGGGCAACCAAACGCACAUGUAGACAAUCCAGUGGUGGGCUCUUGGUAGGUUAGCGUCCAAAACAACAAGGGCAUCAUAUUUGUCAUUCCAGCAUCACAGUCUUCAGUAGUUAAACAAAGCCCAUUCAGAUGGAACAUAACCCAGCUCUAACCCAAGGCUCAACACAUAAGACCAUCAUGCCACAAGUCCAGACCUUUCUACUGCAAUGGGCUAAGCAUUUAACUAACGCUGUAGGUGUUUUGCACAGUAUAUGUACCGUUAUUAACAAUGAGUUAAUUUCAACAUACUCAGCCAGGAGCCUUAAUAAGAUGCCUGAGAGUUACACAUUGUGUAAUUGUAUUUAUCAGAAUACCAUGUAGUACUAGCAAGAUGUAUUUAUUUAUUGUAAAUUUAAGGUAACUUGCUUAAAUUAAAAUGGCAAAUAUCAUCAUUAGCAGUCCAAGAGCAUAAAUGUUGAUCAGUUUUCAGUUGGUUUCCCAAAGACCAAAGUCUCACUGUACCUCAGUCACAGUUAAGCUAAAGACAAUAAAGAGUUACUAUCCGUG